ACCCCAGCGGGGCUGACCCCAGGCAGCACACCAGUCAUGGUGGACAUCGACUCUGCUGAGCUGAGGAACCCAGAGGUCAAAUAUAACUACACCGACGACCCCACCGUCCUGAGGAUUGAACCCGACUGGAGCAUCGCUAGUGGUGGAACCCUGUUGACCGUCAGUGGAACUAACCUGGCCACCAUCAGAGAGCCUAAGAUCAGAGCCAAGUACGGCUCCGCCGAAUCCUUCCAUAACUGCACAGUGUUUAAUAACUCAGUGAUGGUGUGCCUAGCCCCGUCGGUUACUGACUCCGAGAGGGGCUUCUCAGACACAGGCAGUGGGCCGGAUGAGAUCGGCUUCUACAUGGACAACGUCCACGCUCUGGUGGUGGUCAACGAGACGUUCAGCUACUACCCCGACCCCGUGUUCGAACCCCUCAGCCCCACCGGGGUCCUGGAGCUCAAACCCACCUCCCCUCUCAUCCUCAAGGGUCGUAACCUAAUCCCUGCAGCGCCUGGUAACUCCAGGCUGAACUACACGGUGUUCAUCGGGGAGACCCCCUGUGUUCUGACCCUGUCUGAGACUCAGCUGCUGUGUGAAUGGCCCAACCUCACUGGACAGCACAAAGUCACAAUCCGGGUGGGUGGGUUCGAGUACUCCCCUGGUACUCUCCAGAUCUACUCAGACAGCCUGCUGACCCUGCCUGCUAUCAUCGGUAUCGGCGGAGGUGGUGGUCUGCUGCUAUUGGUCAUCAUCGCUGUGCUCAUCGCCUACAAGAGGAAGUCCCGUGAUGCUGACCGCACCCUGAAACGCCUGCAGCUGCAGAUGGACAACCUGGAGUCCAGAGUGGCCCUGGAGUGUAAAGAGGCCUUUGCAGAGUUGCAGACAGACAUCCAUGAGUUGACCCAGGAGCUGGACGGAGCGGGCAUUCCCUUCCUGGAAUACAGGACCUACGCCAUGAGGGUCCUCUUCCCUGGCAUCGAGGACCACCCCGUGCUCAAGGAGAUGGAGGUCCAGGCCAACCAGGAGAAGGCCUUGACCCUGUUUGGCCAGCUCCUCACCAAGAAGCACUUCCUGUUGACGUUCAUCCGCACCCUGGAGGCGCAGCGCUCCUUCUCCAUGCGUGACCGUGGCAACGUGGCGUCGCUCAUCAUGACAGCGCUUCAGGGGGAGAUGGAGUACGCCACAGGGGUUCUGAAACAGCUUCUAUCUGACCUCAUUGACAAGAACCUGGAGAGCAAGAACCACCCCAAGCUGCUGCUGCGCCGAACGGAGUCUGUUGCUGAGAAGAUGCUGACCAACUGGUUCACUUUUCUCUUGUACAAGUUCCUAAAGGAGUGUGCUGGGGAGCCUCUGUUCAUGCUGUACUGUGCUAUGAAGCAGCAGAUGGAGAAGGGGCCUAUAGACUCCAUCACAGGAGAGGCGCGCUACUCACUCAGUGAGGACAAGCUCAUCAGACAGCAGAUUGACUACAAGACCCUGACUCUCCACUGUAUGAACCCGGAGAAUGAGAACGCCUCGGAGGUGACGGUGAAGGGGCUGAACUGUGACACCAUCACCCAGGUGAAGGAGAAGCUGCUGGAUGCAGUGUACAAGGGCAGCCCCUACUCCCAGAGACCCAAGGCUGGGGACAUGGACCUGGAGUGGCGUCAGGGCAGGAUGGCCAGAAUCAUCCUUCAGGAUGAGGAUAUCACCACCAAGAUCGAUAACGACUGGAAACGCCUCAACACACUGGCCCACUAUCAGGUGACGGACGGCUCAGUGAUCGCUCUGGUACCAAAGCAGAACUCUGCCUACAACAUAUCCAACUCCUCUACCUUCACCAAGUCUCUCAGCAGAUAUGAGAGCAUGUUGCGGACAGCCAGCAGUCCAGACAGUCUGCGCUCCCGCACCCCCAUGAUCACCCCUGACCUGGAGAGUGGUACCAAGCUGUGGCACCUGGUCAAGAACCACGACCACUCUGACCAGCGCGAGGGUGACCGCGGCAGCAAGAUGGUCUCUGAGAUCUAUCUGACCCGUCUGCUCGCCACCAAGGGUACGUUGCAAAAGUUUGUGGAUGACCUGUUUGAGACCAUCUUCAGCACGGCCCACCGCGGCAGCGCCCUGCCUCUCGCCAUCAAGUACAUGUUUGACUUCCUGGACGAGCAGGCCGACAAACACUCCAUAUCAGACUCAGACGUACGGCACACCUGGAAGAGCAAUUGUCUGCCUCUGCGGUUCUGGGUGAACGUGAUCAAGAACCCCCAGUUUGUGUUUGACAUCCAUAAGAACAGCAUCACAGACGCCUGUCUGUCUGUGGUGGCCCAGACCUUCAUGGACUCCUGCUCCACGUCAGAACACAAGCUGGGCAAAGACUCGCCCUCCAACAAGCUGCUCUACGCCAAGGAUAUCCCUAACUACAAGAACUGGGUGGAGAGGUACUACUCCGACAUCUCCCGUAUGCCGGCCAUCAGCGACCAGGACAUGAGUGCCUACCUGGCUGAACAGUCCCGGCUGCACCUCAGCCAGUUCAACAGCAUGAGUGCCCUGCAUGAGAUCUACUCCUAUAUCGUCAAGUACAAAGAUGAGAUCCUGUCUGCGCUGCAGAAGGAUGAACAGUCUCGUAGGCAAAGACUGCGCAGUAAGCUGGAGCAGGUCAUCGACACCAUGGCCCUGGCCAGCUGAGGAAUGGCCCGCCACUGAGGGUCGGAGAGGGUAGCAGCUAGGCCUUCUCUCACUGACCCCAGCUCCUAACCCCAACACAACGUGUAAGAACUGCAAGGACACAAGCAGUACACUGGAGACCCACCAGAGUUAGGCCUGGGCCCCGGCACAUCCAAACAACCCCUCAUUUAUAAACACUUAACGUCCGUCUGUCGCCCCGAGAAAGUGUCUUAUCAUCACGGUCUUCAUCACUGGUUUCAGUUUGUCUUCCGUGUUGAUUAUCUACCCACAUACAGGACAGGGACUGUGAAGCAGCUGGCUAAAGAGGCCAGGAGAUAUAUAUAUAUAUAUAUAUGUAAGGGGGGCUAUGGAGAAAGGACUUCAUUUAUAAAGGCCCCCCCCCCCAUGGACGCUUCUGACGUGUCAGCAGUCUAUCAUCAGAGACUUCAUCAACUUUCAUGGACGUCAGUUUGAUUUUCAGAUCCAUUUUAUUUCUAUUUGGUUGAUUUAGUUGUUGAUCUUGUGUUUAACAACUGCCUACUCUCUCCGUUGGUGUGCCACUUGUGUUACUGCUGAAUUUGCACAAUUUACAAAAAAGCUAAAUCAAAAGAAGAGGAUAUAAAUAUAGAUAUAUAGAUAUAUAAAUACAACUUCAUUUUUAAAGAAACAAAUGAAAAUAGUCAAAAGUUUUCCAUUUUAAUGUACAAAAUACUUUGAAAGAAAAGGAUUUGAUAUUUCAAAGACUGAACUAUGAAACCUUGUCCUGUGCCAUGUUUUAUUUAAAUGUUGUUUAGUGCAAAAACUUUUUAUUUAGAUAAAAUGUGUUAUGAUUCAAAUGUUGUCAUGCCUAGUGACUGAAGGUGCGAGUAAAGUUUAAAAAAAGAAAAAAUUUUAUGACAAAAAAAUUGUAGAAGCAAGUCAACAAAUCGUUAGGUCUUGGGGCCUUUCCUGUCUUGGGAGAACAUUUGUUUUAAUGGUACUGGAAAUGACUGUAUUUUAUUCCUGUAUUUAAUACAACCAGUGCUAUCGUGGCUUUUAGAAAAACCAAAGGCUUGUUUUUUUUUUAGUACAACUCAGAGAAAAACAGCCUCCUGUGUUAGCCGACAACCUCACAUUCACAGCCACCUGAAUGAGCAGCCCUCUUGGUUCCAUCCAUUCCAUGCACGCCUCUGUGCACAGGCUCCGGACCACAGCAAAGUUAGAUUACUUUUGUUCUGGGACCUCAAGGUUGUUUGGGAGGCAAGUAACGUAGCUUAAAGUACUGUGAUACUCCACAGAAGGAUUCAUUGGGUUUAGCGCCAUGUUAAAUGUAGCAAAGGUUUAAUUCACCCACUACCCUUUCAAAGCCUUCCUGAAGUUUUCCCGCUGUCCCCUUCCCUCAGAUAGAUCACUGUUAGACUAUCCUACAGACUGUCAUGGUGGACACUGAGGUAGAGGUUUGCAGACAAAGAUGAGAGGAGUUUUUAGGUAAAGCUUUGAGUGAAGAGUAAUCCCUCCUGAUUUUAGCCCGUCAUGAGAGCAAGCAUUGUCACUCUAGUGACUUCAACAUUCAACAGUUCUUUUUUAUUGCAAUUAAAAAGAUGGUUUAAUUUUUGUUGUUGGUGUGGUGAACGUUGUAUGAGUUGUUUUCUUUGUACUCUGCAGAAACCAAACAUUGGUUGUGCUAGCAGAGUAGACUCUCCCAGGGUCCCUUAUGUUCUGUAACGGCAUCUGUGACGAGCGUCAUUCAAAAGAGAAAAGAGGACUUUUGAAGCACCAAGGAAGGUGAACAUUCAGAAUUGUCUUUUCUUCGUUUUUUAGUCUGCUGUGAAGAUGAAAAAAAACAGCGACAAAUAUUUUGAAAUGCAAACAUCUGUGAUGUGACAAGAUAAUGAAAUGUAGCUCAAUCUUUGUGUGUUUUUUAACCGCCGGAUGGUUUUUGUUUCCUCAGAAACCAGAUACCUUUGUGAAAUGUCUCCCUUUAAUAUGUUGCAUCGAUUCCCUUUCGGUCAGUGUCCUCUGAGAUUAAAGGAGAUAUGGAGGAAAAACAAACCAGAUAAAUGUUUGAGAAACCUCUGAAAUAUUUAGGUCAGUUCUCCGGUGAGAGCCGUGUGGAUCACACAGGCUGGAGUUGUGAUAUGUAACCUUGGGCCAUCUGUCCAGCUAUCCUACAUCAGGCUUCAACAAAGAUGGUGGGAUUUAAUGAAAAUGAAAAGCAUUUUCUCCUUUUAUUUAUUUAUAAUUUUUCAGUUUGAAAUGGGAGCAGGUCUCAAUAACACAUGAUAUAUUUGGUUAGACAUUUCAGAAAAUAUAUGGAUUUUUAAAAUUCAUCUUAGUGUUCUGCAGGGCUCUUACUCCCAUCCUUCUCUCUUGGUCAUUCUCCAAUAUCAACUCCCUCUAGUCUCUACUCUCCAUCCCAGGCCUGUCCUAGUGUUGGAAACUCAAUAAAGGUACUCCUAUACGGUACACCCCACCCUUCCACCAAUCCCUUCCUCCCCUCCCAACCAAACACAAAAGGCUGGACUGUAUGUAUGUAUUGUAUUCUUUACUUGAUAUCUGAGAGCAGGGUGUAUGGAGUAUGGAGUAGUAAUUCAACUUAAACAGGGUUAUCUGCUCAUUACUGGUUUUUCCCAUACCAAGAGAAGGCCUCUCGUAGUGCAGGUUCGGCAUUGACUUGACCACUUUUCUGUUCCUUCACCCUAUUUGUGAUGAUUUGUGAUGGUUCUGCUCUGUCACUGUUCUUCUGUUAAGCAUAUUUUAUUACCCGAUUGUGCACAUUUGUCUCCCUUAUUUGUUUAGUGGAUGGAAAAUGUUUCUGUGUGCUGCCUCCCUCCCGCCACACACAAGCUAGGCUUUGAUGACUGUGAUUGUAAAACAGCUGGUUGCGUUACAAAGUCUCCAGGGGGUUCUCCUGCUUUGAUGUCCUUUUGCUCCUCUGUUAUUUAAGUGGAAGAUGUUUGGAUGAUGAUGAUCAGCAUCUUGGCAGGAUUAUGGAUUAAUGUGGUAAUCUGUAACGUUACUCUAUAGAGUAUGAAACAAGUUAUAUUGUAAGUACUGGGGCAGUUGGUCUCUCAUGUUAUGUUUUGUGUUGUUGUUAUUUCAUUUUACUAUGCCACUUGUUGUGUAAAGAUGAAAAGAAAGAGACUUCUCGCCAGAACUCCUUUGAAGUAGUCUCUACUUAUCUUUUGUUGUUGUGUCUGUCUGCCAUUGCGAGUUGGGUGGAAGACAGAAAGGAAAGCCAGAGGGAGAGAUCCAGAUGCUGCUGAUGAACACAGAGCUUUCACUUUGCACAUAGUGCCUUGUCAGCUCCACCUUCCCACAACCCUCUAUGACCCCUCCAUUACCCACAAUCCACCACCUGACCAUGCCCACUCAUUACACUUUCACAGGUUUCCCCCUCUGCCACUGAACAACUUCUAUCCCUGUCCUCCCGAUUCCCUCGUUUGGUUUGUUUUGGCAUAUUGGAAAGCAGUUCCUUUUUUCAAAGUAAAUUUUAAAAGGCUUAGGAUCAAACAUAAAAAUAUCUAGACACAGAUUUAAGAGAAAAUAGAAACUAAAGAGUUGUAAUACUUUCUGAAUUCUGAUACCUUUUUAUGAGUUUCAGAUUUGAAGCAACUGUGACAGGUUGGCUGUUUCACGCUCAUGUAAAUAUUCUGCUCUUUCCUAUUUUGCAGAUUUAUUACUUGUAAAUAAACACGCAUCAAGGAGAGAUUAAACUUUUUUGCAAAA